CGGAGCCUCCCGGGAGCCGCGUCGCGGUGGGUGACGAGGACCUCUGCAGGCCGUUCCCGGCAGGAGAGGGGAGCGGUGACCUUCCCUUCAUCAGACCAAAGAUGCCUCUCUUUGGAAAUACGUUCAGUCCCAAGAAGACGCCCCCUCGGAAAUCUGCUUCUCUCUCCAAUCUGCAUAACCUGGAUCGGUCAACCCGGGAGGUGGAGCUGGGCCUUGACUACGGAACCCCCACCAUGAACCUGGCCGGGCAAAGCCUGAAGUUUGAAAACGGCCAGUGGAUAGCAGACACGGGGAUUAGUGGAGGCGUGGACAGGCGGGAGGCUCAGCGCCUGCGCAGGCGGAACCAGCAGUUGGAGGAAGAGAACAAUCUCUUGCGGCUGAAGGUGGACAUCCUGCUGGACAUGCUCUCUGAGACCACCGCUGAGUCCCACUUAAUGGAGAAGGAAUUGGAGGAACUGAAGAGUGUCAGCCGCAGGAGGAAAUGAGGACCCUGAUGACGCUGGCUGGGAGGAAAGGGAGAAACUCACCCAUCAGAGGAGGUGGCUGCGGCUGAGGGGUUUUUCUGGCCCAACUAGUGGACUAGGUCCUGGGAGAGAGUGUCAUAUAAAGGGGCCAAAAGGCACUGGCCCCCUUGGUUUGGCAGCCGGCACAUACUGCUGGCAGCCAGGACUCCAGGCCAGGGCAGUCAGUAGGAAUGAGCCCUGGGGUGCUGUCCGGUCACCCCACGUAUGAACGCACCUUCCCAGGUUCACCUUUACCGGACUGAUGCUGUGGCCAAAGCAGCCGGAGUUCAUUGUUUCCCCCCUCAGGCCGGUGGCCCCAGUGCUAAAGAGCCCUGCCUCAGGGGCCCCGGAUGAGCGGCUCUCCUGGUCCUCCGCCCCCUCCCGGGGCUACUCUCUCUGUCCUUUAAAGAAUAUUCGGUCCCCAGAUCCGCAGCCUCUUCUGGCUUCAGCUUCUCAGUGGCAAGCGCCAGCCUUCCACGGCAACACUUAUUUCUGUGCAACUUUCCUGUUUACACUUUUUUUUGAAAAUUAAAUGCUGGUGUGUAA